AUGACUGACAAAGAGCCUCAAGCCGUGCAAGCUACUCAAACUCCAGAUGGCAUCACAACCAUCACCAUCUCUCGCCCGCACCGCAAGAACGCCGUAGACGGUGCAACCGCCAAGAAACUUGCCGAAGCCUUUCUGGCAUUUGAGAACGACCACACUCAAAAGGUCUGCGUUCUGUAUGGCGCCCACGGCACCUUUUGCGCUGGUUUCGACCUCCAUGAAGUCGCCAAGUACAACGAGGGUCAAGAAGCAGAGCAGUAUCGAGGCCCGGCUAUCGACCCUAACCACGAUGCUCUUGAUCGCGCUAAAGGUCCCAUGGGCCCUUCGAGGAUGCAGGUCAAAAAGCCUGUCAUAAGUGCAGUGUCUGGCUAUGCGGUAGCUGGAGGUUUGGAGCUCUCGCUCAUAGGCGACAUUCGCAUUGCCGAGGAAAACACCAUUUUCGGGGUCUUCUGCCGCAGAUUUGGCGUUCCCCUCAUUGACGGUGGGACUGUUCGGUUGCAAGCCAUCAUCGGCCUCGGUCGAGCUCUUGACAUGAUCCUCACCGGCCGAGCAGUCACAGCACAAGAGGCACUGCAGUUUGGACUAGCGAAUCGUGUUGUGCCGGAAGGACAGGCUUUGGCUGAGGCGACGAAGAUUGCGAAGCAGCUCCUGACUUUCCCGCAGGAGUGUAUGAAUGUGGAUAGGGCGAGUUGCUACUACGCUGCGUACAAUGCAACGUCUUUUGAGGAUGCCUUGAGGAAUGAGUAUGAGAAUGGUGUCAAGGUGGUUACUACUGAGAGUGUGAAGGGUGCUGGGGAGUUUAGUCGGGGAGCGGGAAGACAUGGAGUUUUUGAAGCAGCAAAGUUUUAG